AUGCUUUCCUUCCAAGGGUUAGCGGAGUUGGCUCACCGUGAGUAUCAGGCAGGAGACUUUGAAGCAGCAGAGAGACACUGCAUGCAGCUUUGGAGACAAGAGCCUGAUAAUACUGGUGUGCUUUUAUUACUAUCAUCCAUUCACUUCCAGUGUCGCAGAUUGGACAGGUCUGCUCACUUCAGCACUUUGGCUAUUAAACAGAAUCCACUGUUGGCCGAAGCCUACUCAAAUCUAGGCAAUGUGUACAAGGAACGUGGACAGCUACAAGAAGCAAUUGAACAUUAUAGACAUGCACUACGCCUCAAACCAGAUUUCAUUGAUGGAUAUAUUAAUUUGGCUGCUGCACUGGUAGCUGCAGGUGAUAUGGAAGGAGCAGUACAGGCAUAUGUGUCUGCCCUUCAGUACAACCCUGACUUGUACUGUGUUCGUAGUGACCUGGGGAACCUGCUCAAAGCCCUGGGUCGCUUGGAAGAAGCCAAGGCCUGUUACUUAAAAGCAAUUGAGACUCAACCAAACUUUGCAGUGGCUUGGAGUAAUCUUGGCUGUGUUUUCAAUGCCCAAGGAGAAAUUUGGCUUGCAAUUCAUCACUUUGAAAAGGCUGUAACACUUGACCCAAAUUUUUUGGAUGCUUACAUCAAUCUGGGAAAUGUCCUGAAGGAGGCAAGGAUAUUUGACAGAGCUGUAGCAGCUUAUCUACGAGCCUUGAGUUUGAGUCCAAAUCAUGCAGUUGUACAUGGCAACCUUGCCUGUGUGUAUUAUGAGCAAGGACUAAUAGACCUAGCAAUAGACACCUACAGGAGGGCUAUUGAACUACAACCCCACUUCCCCGACGCCUAUUGUAACUUGGCCAACGCCUUAAAGGAGAAAGGCAGUGUGGUAGAAGCAGAAGAAUGCUACAAUACAGCUCUUCGACUUUGUCCCACUCAUGCAGAUUCUCUCAACAAUCUAGCAAACAUCAAACGGGAACAGGGGAAUAUUGAGGAAGCUGUCCGUCUUUAUCGGAAAGCUCUUGAGGUGUUUCCAGAGUUUGCUGCUGCGCAUUCAAAUUUAGCAAGUGUUCUGCAACAGCAAGGAAAGUUACAGGAAGCUCUAAUGCAUUACAAAGAGGCUAUUAGAAUCAGCCCCACAUUUGCAGAUGCUUAUUCUAAUAUGGGAAAUACUUUGAAGGAGAUGCAGGAUGUUCAAGGAGCUUUACAGUGCUACACCCGUGCCAUUCAGAUAAACCCAGCUUUUGCUGAUGCCCACAGCAACCUGGCCUCUAUUCACAAGGAUUCAGGGAAUAUACCAGAAGCUAUUGCGUCUUACCGCACUGCUCUGAAACUGAAACCUGAUUUCCCAGAUGCUUACUGCAACUUGGCCCACUGUUUGCAGAUUGUCUGUGACUGGACAGACUACGAUGAAAGAAUGAAGAAGCUGGUUAGCAUUGUAGCUGACCAACUGGAGAAAAACAGACUGCCUUCUGUCCACCCACAUCAUAGCAUGCUGUAUCCCCUUUCUCACAGUUUUAGGAAGGCUAUUGCUGAGAGACAUGGAAAUCUGUGUUUGGACAAGAUUAAUGUUCUUCACAAGCCACCAUAUGAGCAUCCCAAGGAUUUGAAGGCCAGUGAAGGUCGACUUCGUAUUGGCUAUGUGAGCUCUGAUUUUGGAAACCACCCAACCUCACACCUAAUGCAGUCAAUCCCAGGCAUGCAUAACCCAGACAAAUUUGAGGUUUUCUGUUACGCCCUGAGUCCUGAUGAUGGUACAAACUUCCGUGUAAAAGUGAUGGCUGAAGCAAAUCAUUUCAUUGACUUAUCUCAGAUACCAUGUAAUGGAAAAGCAGCAGACCGCAUCCAUCAGGAUGGGAUACACAUUCUCAUUAAUAUGAAUGGUUAUACCAAAGGAGCCCGAAAUGAAUUGUUUGCCCUGAGACCAGCACCUAUUCAGGCGAUGUGGCUAGGGUAUCCUGGAACCAGUGGGGCAUUGUUCAUGGAUUAUAUCAUCACAGAUAAAGAAACUUCCCCAGUUGAGGUGGCUGAGCAGUAUUCGGAGAAAUUAGCUUACAUGCCAAACACUUUCUUUAUUGGAGACCACGCCAACAUGUUCCCCCAUCUGAAGAAAAAAGCAGUCAUUGAUUUCAAGUCCAAUGGUCAUAUUUAUGAUAACAGAAUUGUUUUGAAUGGCAUUGACUUGAAGGCUUUCCUUGACAGCCUCCCUGAUGUCAAGAUUGUUAAGAUGAAGUGUCCUGACAGUUGUGACAAUGCAGAUGGCAAUGCCGCUCUCAGUAUGCCAGUCAUUCCUAUGAACACAAUUGCAGAAGCUGUGAUUGAGAUGAUUAAUCGUGGGCAAAUUCAGAUAACUAUCAAUGGAUUCAACAUCAGUAAUGGAUUAGCAACUACUCAG